AAUUGGGUUCAAUAACCUUUAUUCCAGUUCCCCUCCUGUAAAUGCAACUGCUGGAAGCCAGCAGGGAGCGAGGCCAGUACCGAUUCCUGGUGGACAUACAACCAUCCAGCCUUCAGACAUUCAGAAAUCACAACAGAAUUUAGUAGAACCUGGAAAUGCCAAGUCCUGGGGAUCCAUUGUCAACAAAGAUGGAAAGAAAGUUGGUGUCCGAGGCUACAAACCUCAAGAUUUUCAAGAGGAGUUCCCAAGUCUUGGAUCAAAGGAGUUAAAUGCUCAGCAACAAAAAACAGAGCAACAGCAGCAGAAACCUUCUUCUACCAGCACAGAACAGCCGUAUGGGCCAGGCCCAAGCCUACGGCCUCAGAAUGUAGGGAGUUGGAAGGAAGGAGGUGGUUCUCUGAACAAGUCAAGUAGUGCCAAUGAUGGGGAAUCCAAGAAUAGUGAUGCUCAGGAAAAGGAGCCAUCAUCAAUGUCAGUCAGGCAGAUGUCUAUCAAUGGCGGAGCCCCACUCUCGCAAGUGCCUCAUGUGGCAGGAACCCCACAACUCCGUCCUAGAGGAAUGAUUCCACCAUACGCAUAUGGUGCACGAUUCCAAAAUAGUGGUCCCGGAGCCAAUUAUCCUGGAAAUUUCCAUACUAUGCAGCCACAGCCAGCUUCUACUUUUAACCAUUAUCCUGACAAAAG